AUGAACAGCAGCAGCAGCAGCAGCAGUAGUCCGCGGACACCAGCGAGCAGCUUGAGCAAGUCCCCGCGGCCGAGCAGCGCGACGCCGAAGCCAAACGCGACCAGCCCGAACCCGACGCCGUCCAGCUCCAAGCCCCCCAAGCCCAAGACCUCUCCGCCCCGAAAACGCGCGCGCACGACAACGACCCCGCCGCGCUCCAAGUCGACCAACGACCUCACGCGCGCGCGGUCCGCCUCGAGCGCAACCUCUUCCGAUGUCAAAGUCCUCCUCGUGGGCGGGGAGAGCGCGACCGCGCGCGCGAUGACGCCGCUGCUCCUCGCGCGGGGGUGGCACGUUAUUUCUGUCGUGGACGACGGGGCCGGAAAGGACGCGGUACAGGCGAUGGCCAGUCCAGGCGGCAAACUCAGCGCCGUCGUCCAGUCGCUCCCCCGCACGAGCUACACCUCCGCGCGCGCAAUCAUCGCCGCCACAUCCCCCAGCUACGUCGUCUGGGCUGCCUCGAGCACGCCGCACACGAUCGAAGCGGUCGAGUACGGCGCGUUCGUGGCGUUCGCGCAGGCCGCGCUCGUGAGCCCCGGCGUGAAGAAGUACCUCGCGCUGUCGUAUCUCCAUGUGCGGCGGCACGCCGCGCCGUGGUGGUCGGACGAGGACGUCGACCUCGUCGCGCGCACGCGCGCGCUCGCGCCAGAGUACUACGACGCGCGGGCGCGCGCCGACGCAUACUUGGCCGCCAUGGGGCUUGUGCGCCGCCGCGGCGGCGACCGCGGGUUCCAGGCCAUGUCGUUGCGGCCGAGCAUGGUGACCGACUCCGAGGGCACGGGCAGGGUCAACAUGACGCGCGUGGGCGCGCGCGGCGCCGUGCCCCGCGCUGAUGUGGCGGAAGUCGCGGUGCGCCUGCUGGCGCGCGACGACAGCUACGGGUACUUUGACCUCGAGGGCGGCGUGAAUGACCUGUCCGAGGAGAUCGAGUACGCCGUGACCGAGUUUGACGCGAGCGAGGGCGAGUUCGACAGCGCUGAUGCGUUGCUUGCCGAGCACGGGUGGGGCGAGGGGCGGGUAGAGGGGGGCAGGAAGCGGCGCGCGACGCCGCCUAGGCGGAGUACGGGGUAG